CCAAAUCAAAGCGCUGACUGAAGAAGCAAUGAAGAGAAAACAUGAUUACAGGAGUUAUAAUGAAGAUUUUACUAAUAAAAUAAAAUAUCUGGAGGAUGACAUCAAAACUGCAAGUGAAAAUCUUCUUAAAAUAGAACACAAGUUUAAGGUGAGCAGGCUAACUUUGGAAGAAACCCAGAAGGAAAGAGAAGAGAAGUAUGCAGAAUAUGAAGAGUUGAGGAAAUCAUUUUUGAAAAAGAAAGAUGAAGAGUUACAAAUCCGAAGAGCCAUUCAGAAAUCAACCAAGACUACUGGGAUGCUCAAGGAGGAAACUCUGGAGCUACAGAAGCAAUUGUGCAUCAAGCGUGAUGCUGCAGUCAGCCAGCUGAAGCAUCAAACUGAGACUAUGAAGUUGCUGGAAAGAGACAUCUAUGAGAUCAACAGAAAACUUGACAUUGUGAACACCGAGAACUGCAGAUUCAAAUUAUGCAAUGCACAGAUGAAAGAAGAUAUCUUGGCAAUGAAUUCUGAAGCUGAAGGCCACCAGUCAGCGAUAGUGAAAAUUGGGAAUGACCUGGCAGUGCUUCGUGGUUUUCUUCUGGAGAGAUGGUCAGAGGACAGCUCUAUUCAGAAGGAAUUUCUGGAGAAUGAGCAGGAAAUUCUGAAUGCAGUGACAGCCCUGCUAAGAAAAAUCCAGCAUCGAGAGGAAAGAAUUGGUGACAUUAACAGCAGGCUACAAAAUAGUCUGGAAGGAAUGGAUUCUCUGCUUGAAAAAAAAUCUAGAAUGGAUGGUGAUGAAUCAGAUGCAAUGAAGAAUAAAUGAGGAAAUACUCUUUGGAAGACAGAAGCCAGCAUAUGGGAUGAGAAAAUCAAUGCUGUUUUAUUCAACCCCUCCUCACUGAAAUUUUAUUCUGAAGGCUGUCUUGUUUUAUUCAAAGACCACCUAAAAUAUUACAUUAGUAAAUAAACAAUACAAGCAAAAUACUGUACAAGAAAGUGUCUGAAGCUUUUAUGCAGAUUCAGGAUGAUAAAUACAGACAAUUCCCUUCAUGUAUAAUAGAUGCUGUCU